GUUCGAAAUUGUUUAGCUUUGAGAUGUUAGAAUAUUGUGAGUUUUCUAUGAUUGAUAAUUGUUUUUAUACGAUAUGACUCUCGGCCUUAUACUAAUGUUUCUGUGUUUCUAGGUUUGGUCGGGACAAAGGUAAACUGACUCAGAGGAUCACUAAAGUCUUUACAAACAAGUUUGAUGGUCCCUUCUACAGUUGGACUUGCGUCGAUCAGGACAAAAAAGAAAAUUUCUUUGUUGAAUUUGCAGUUAAGUAUUUUUUUUCUUAAUUGCUAUUGUAUGGGAUUGCAACUGUUUUUAAGUUGCAGUUUAGUAUUUUCUUCUAAACUACUAAACUGUUGAUUUAUUUGAUUACUAACAUCAGCCUUGUCUUAUUUUUGUAGAAAACUCACACUUGGAAUCCCAUAUAUACUGGUGUGGUUCAAGAGAAGUUCGGGCAGGUAUGUCAGCGACGUAUGAAGGACAUGGUUAGCAAGCGUAGGAAGUCUCGAGUUCGACCAUCCUGGAUUUUGAAUGAUCUGUGGAAAGAAAUGACAGCUUACUGGGACACUGCUAAAGCCCAACAAAAAAGCGAGACAACAUCAGCUGCUCGGUUGUCUGACCGAAAUGGUCUUGGUCCUCACAAGCACAAUGCUGGCCAGAAGUCUUACCUCCAAAUCGAACAAGAAAUGGUUGAAGAAUUGGGCAGACCAGUGACUAUUGGUGAAGUUUUCAUCAAGGCACACACCAAAAAAAAUGGCAGCUUUGUAGAUAAGAAAGCAAAGCUAGUUGCAGAGGCCUAUGAGAAGAACAAGCAAGCCAAGCUGGCUGACCUUCAAGCUGAAAACUCAGAGAGUUCAGAUGGUACUUCACACCCUCCACAACUCUCUCUAGACCAGGAUAAUGAGCUCUUCCUUCUGUCCACUGUCACAGACAAAAGAGGAAGACACUAUGGAAUAGGAAGCCUAGAAAGUACUAUUGUCAACGGAAAGCGCAAGCGUUGUAAAUCCUCUUCUUCGUACGUAGACCUCGAAAAACAGCUCAGCGAUGCUCACCGGAAGAUUGAGAAGCAGGCGGCUUACACUGCCAAGCAAGCAAAAAAGCUCAAAAGUUUUUCCUUGGUGAAGAAGUAUCUGGCUGCAACUGAUCCAAAUUUUUUGGCCUUCAUGGCUGCUAAUCAAGGUGAAGAUGAUGAUGAAGGUGAAGGUGAAGGUGAAGGUGAAGGUGAAGGUGAAGGUGAAGGUGAAGGUGAAGGUGAAAGUGAAAGUGAAAGUGAAGGUGAAGGUGAAGGUGAAGGUGAAGAAGGUGAAGAUGAAGGGGAAGGUGAAAGUGAAGAUGAAGAUGAAUUUUAGGUUCCCUACUCUUGUACUACUAUAAUAUUUUGUAUGCUAAUGCUUAACUCCUUAGAGUGCCUUUUGCAACAUUAUGUUAUGAAUUCUCUGUUUUAUAUUAAAAUUUUUGUUUUUAUUAUUGUCAUUGUUUUACUGCAAAUGAACAAAUUAAUUAAAAAAAAAGAAAAUCAAAAAAAUCUGAUUUGUGAUUUUUGAAUCUUGGAGUCGCUAAUAAGUCACAAAAUUUAGUCGCAAUGUAGUCGCUAGAUAACCACAUAUUACACAUCUAAAUCAACAACUCAGUCGCUAUAUAGUCACUAAUGCUGUACAUAAUCAGUCGUUGGGUAGUCGCUAAUUUUGCGACUAUCUACCGACUCCCCUCUAACGACUAAUAAGCGACUACAAUUUCCCGUCUACAUAACGACUGAUAAACAGCCGUAGUUUGGUCUUUGGAUAGUAGUAGUUCAGUCGGUAUAUUUUGCGACUUAAUUGCGUCUAUUUUACGACUACAAUAUACAGUGACAAAAUAGUCGUAAUUCAGUCGCAAAAUUGCGACUUAUUAACGACUCCUCGUAUUAGCGACACAGCAAUUUGCGACCACGUUGAUCAGUCGCAAAUCAGUCGUUAUGUUACGUUUUGCGACUGAAUAACUACGGAUAUUGCAGUCGGUAAAUAAAUGUUUUCUUGUAGUGUCUGAGGAGAGAGUAUGCCUCACAAUGCUCAUCCUGGUAGAGAGCAUAUUAUUGCGGAAGAGCAAAGGAGGGAGUUUUCCUUUGGAAUAUGCGAAAAAUACACAGGAUAUGACAUAUCCAUGGGGAAAAGAGGCUUACAUUGUGCUCCUGAAGUCAAUUCAAAACGAAGUCGCGAAUCAUUUGGAGAAUAAAUCCAAAUUUGAGUUGCAAGGUUAUCCUCUAGUAUUCCUUCUUUGGAUACUAGAGUCGAUUCCUUUGCUAAGGAAUAAGUUCAGUAAGUGUGUACCAACAGUUGAGGUUCCUGGGCCUACUUACUUGUGUGAAAAAUACGCUGAGGUAGAGAAUCCAUCACUUGAUAGGGUUUUACAGGUUGAAGCUGAUACAAAGGUAAGCUUUUCCAAGUAUAUGUUUCUCAGUUUAUUUGGCUUCUUCUUUUUAAUAUGUUUCUCAUUGGUCUUUUUUUAAAUACUCUCAGCUGAAGGUUCAUUGCAUACUACCUUCUAUUCCUCAUGAUCCAGAAGAUGAUAUCUCCAUUGAAGACAAAUAUAGUGACGAGCUGGAAACAGUGAAAGAUGUAACAAAGAAAGGGUACAAGAUUACAGCCGAUGACUGGGAAAAUAGGUGUGUAGACACAUUUGACACAUUGGAUGCUCUUAUUCAAAUGAUGGCAAAUAAGGAGACUGGCCAAGCUUCUACUCCGAUUGAUGAGGAUUCAGUAAAUGAAAAAGUGAACAGGAUCAUCACGGUAAUGGAGGAGAAUCUGAAGAGCAUGAAGGAUCGAAUGUCAUUACUGGAAGAAGAAAACAUACAUCUUAGAGCUCGUGUGUCAGAGUUGGAAGGAAACAACAAUGUUUUUCCCACUAACGUGACACAAAAGGUAAAUUCUCAAAACA